CUUUCACGAAAUUUGCUCACUUUUCUGUGUCCGUGAACAAUGGCAUUUAAUGACCUGCCUAUUGAAACUUUAAAAAGGAGGAUAGAUGAAGCUCAGCGCUUUCUCUCCAUAUCGUUAAGCAUCUCGAAUGCGCACACAGUGGACUUUUACACGCGUGAUGUUUGGAGCACGUUCAUGUGUGUGAGCCCAGAAGAAGUGUUGUGUGCUAUCAGUUCCACACAUGACCGCAUGGGGGCGGUAGAAGAGAAGAAAAACACCACCUUUGGUUUCUGCAAUGCCUCAAAGAAGCUGGUGGAUAUAUCAGCCCUGCUGAGGGCAGCGAAAGCCCACUGUUUACUGGGUCUGGGGGUGGAAGAGCUGAUGCAGAAUCUCAGACUGAUAUAUGGAGACACUAUAGCAGGAUGCAGUUCUGGUUGGCCUGCAUACGUGUGGAGAUUUGGCCGUUUGCAGUGUGGGCUGCUGCUACCACCUGCUUUCUGAAGAGUUUGAUCAGGACAGACAGGGGGCUGGCAAGUUUUUCAGUGUCUUUGAGGGAGCAGAAGGGAAACAUUUGCUACAUUCUGAACUGUGUGGGUAGAGUAUAAGAAGAUGGAGAGCUAUAUGAUGUGUAUUUUUCUAUUCUCAUUGAUAUCACUCAUUACAGCUGGUAAGUAUACACUUAGAUUUCAAAGACUUAAUAUAAAAUAAAAAGACAAUCCUCUGUAUUCUGAAUUAUAAUUAUUAAGUAUCUGGUCUCUCUUGCAUGGACAGACAGUGUGAAUGUAAGGUUGGUUGGUGGCAACAAUCACUGUGCUGGUAGAGUGGAGGUUCUUCAUGAUGGUCAGUGGGGAACAGUGUGUGAUGAUGGCUGGGAUUUGGCUGAAGCUGCAGUGGUGUGUAGAGAGCUGGACUGUGGAGAAGCAUUCCGUGCAAUCAGUGUUGUUCAGUUUGGAGAAGGAUCAGGUGAAAUUUUGAUGGAUGAAGUGGCCUGUAGUGGAUCGGAGUCUACACUGAAGGACUGUAGAUCAGAUGGAUGGGGUGUUCAUGACUGUGAUCAUGGUGAAGAUGCUGGAGUAAAUUGCUUAGACUCAGAGCAAGGACUUCGACUCGUGGACGGGUCUCACUUGUGCUCUGGGAGAGUGGAGGUGCUUCGUACAGAAGGAUGGGGUUCAGUGUGUGCUGCUGCCUUUGACCAGCAGGAUGCAGAGGUUGUGUGUCGACAGCUGGACUGUGGGGCUCCUGUACAGGUGCUGGGAGAAGCUGCUUUUGGCAGAGGAAAGGGUCAAGUUUGGUCAGAGGAAAUUCAGUGUAGGGGAAAUGAAGCUCAGAUACACAACUGUUCACGAUUAUCUUCACAGAAGCACAGCUGUACCCAUGACAAUGAUGUUGGAGUGAUUUGUUCUGGUUACACUGAUCUCAGACUGGUAAAUGGUUCAGACUCUUGUUCUGGAAGAGUGGAUCUUCAGUUCCUCAAUGAAUGGGGCACAGUGUGUGAUGCAUGCUGGGAUAUGAGAGCUGCCAGUGUCCUCUGUAGACAGCUGAAUUGUGGGAUUGCUGUGUCUGUUGUGGGAUCAGACUGGUUUGGAGAGGGAAGUGGUGAAAUCUGGGCUGAUGUUUUUGAUUGUGACGGGAAUGAAACAAAACUCUCAGGAUGUUCCAUCUCUUCAUGGAGUCGAGCUGAAUGUUCUCAUAGACGAGAUGUUGGAGUCAUCUGCUCUGAGAGUGAAGCUUAUCUGGGGAACUGCAGCUCUCCACAAACUCUCAACUGCAGCUCCACACAACAGCUGUCAAUCAUGAACUUUGGUCGCGGGUCCAUCAGGCUGGUGGGUUCUGGGGGAGACUGUGCAGGGAGGCUGGAGGUUUUUCACAGCGGCUCAUGGGGGACAGUGUGUGAUGACUCCUGGGAUAUUAAAGAUGCCCAUGUGGUGUGCAGACAGCUGCAGUGUGGAGUGGCCAGUAACCAGCAGGUACCAGCUUGGUUUGGUCCUGGUUCUGGACCCAUAUGGCUGGAUGAGGUGGAGUGUGAGGGGAAUGAGACAUCCCUGUGGAGCUGCUCUUCUGCAGGCUGGGGAAAACAUGACUGUCAACACAAGGAGGAUGUAGGAGUCGUGUGCUCAGGUAAACUGUAA